AUGACGGGGGCCAUUUGCCACGGGAGAAGAAUUCGAGUUAAUAGAUCUCACAGCAGCAAAGCUGUGGGGGGCCCCCCGAUGGGGGCCCCCCUGGGGGCCCCCGGAAACCCCGCGCUGCAGGGGAACAGUCUCUUUCGAGCAGCAAUGCACAAGAUAUAUAGUGCAACAGCAAAAGAGGCGGAGAGAAAAGCUGCUGCUUGCUGCAGCUUGUCUGCUGCAGCAAAGCGGAAGCGGGGCGCGUGGGGCGCAGCAGCAGCAGCAGCAGCAGCAGCAGCAGCAGAGCCGCCGAAGCUGGUGGUGCGGGGCCUGGACUGCAGCAGCUGCAGCACGGAAGAACUGGAGAGACACUUCAGUCCUUUUGGAGAAGUUCUCCAAAUAAGACUGUCUCCAAAUGGAAAAGCAACUUUAAUAUUUGCUGAUGCUGCUGCUGCAGUGCAUGCGCUGCAGUGUAUGGACGGCGCAGCAGUGGGGACUGCUCGGGUGUCUCUCGAGCUCCAGGGCGAGCUGCCUCCCGACUGCGCUGCUGCUGCUGCUGCUGCUGCUGCUGCUGCUGCUGCUGCUGCUGGGGGGGGGGACGCCGCUGGCUGGCGCGCCGGCGGCGAGCAGCAGCAGCUCGCCCUCGAGCAGCAGCAGAUCCAGCAGCAGCAGCUGCUGCGCCAGCAGCAGCAGCAGCAGCAGCAGCAAGCCGCCCAGUUCACGCACGCAGAGGCUGUGGGGCGCUGCUGCAGCAUGGAGCGGCACGCGUUUGCUGCUGCUGCUGCUGCUGCUGCUGCUGCUGCGCCGUGUCAGCAGCAGCUGCCGACAGACGCAAGGGGACACUUCGUGCUGCAGCACGUCGAAGACGAACUUGCUGCUGCUGCUGCCUUCUUAGCAGCAGCAGCAAAAGUGCAGCUGCAGCAGAAGGUGGCCCGGGGGCUGCUGCUGCAGCCGCAGGAUCUCGAGUGUCUGUACACCUCAGAGCCCGACUCUUGCUGCUGCUGA